AUGGUUGCUAUCAAGUCUGUCACUCUCUUCUCUGUCCUUGCCGCCUUUGUUGCUGCUGCUCCUGUUGCUCAGGAUUCUAAGGCUCUCACUGCUGAGGAGAUCCUUGCUCCUUACGCUCCUGAGGUUGUCAAGCGUGAGGCCGCUCCUACCAGCGUCCUUGACCUUUCUGCUGUUACUACCCUCCUUCUCUCUAUUUCUACUUUCCUUACCUCAGCCCUCACCUCUCUUGGCAACCUUGACCUGAACGGUGACUUGAGCGCUGUUGGUGACCUUCUGACCAACAUCACUACCGUCGUCACUCAGCUCGUCAACUCUCUUACUGACACCACUGUUGGUACCGGUCUUGCUGCUACUCUCAACACCCUUCUUAUCAAGACUGGUCUUAAGACUCUUCUUAACCUCCUUCUUACCAUUGUCAACCAGCUUGUUUCUGACCUUACUGGUAAGACUCUUUCUACCACUCUUAUCAAUGUUAUCACUUCUCUUCGUGAUACUCUUAACAACCUUUCCACUGUUCUUGGAUCUGCUGGUCUUGGUGACGGUGUUACUAGCAUCAUCACUUCCAUUGUUAACCUUCUUAACACUCUCCUUUAA